AAGUGGCAGGACCUGACUCUCCAAACGUGCCUUUAAUUCAGUCCCAGCCAUCCUCAGUCAUCUGUGAUAGGUCACGCAUGAGAGAGACGCUGGAGGGACAGAAUCGAGGUGACUGAACGCGUACUGACAACACCGAGACAACGGAAAUCCUUCCAUCACUGCUUACAGGGCGUCUUGCAAUCAAGGGACAGAACGAGGCUAAUUGGCCCUCAUAACCCAGUAUUAUCUCGGUAGUUACGGACGCCCACCGGCAGAACACGGCGCUAGCGCCAUCUGUGCGCUUUAUUUUCUCCUAGUGGCGACGAGGGGGUGAGAGGGAGGGAGGAGAGGGGAGUUUGAAUCUAUCCGCCCGCACAAUCUAUUCACCACCUCGGCUGGCAGAGGACGUGCGGUGCCUUCUCCGUUCAUGGAUUUUACGGCUCCACUCGGACGCACGGGACUCCGAUGGCUGUUUGUCUCGCCGUGGGCUCUUAAAAUCACCGGCUCACUCACUUCGAUGGUGAGUUCUUUGGCGUAGCUAACGGCAGAGCGCGCGAUGGCUGAGCCGCAGGCUUCCGAAUCCGUGGCGGGACCCUUGUACGAGCUUGUCUCCGAGGCGACCACUCCGACCCGGGACGCGGCGGAGGCGGUAGCCGCGGCGGCGGCGGCGCUGAGCAUCAGCGAUCCCUACCAGACAUACCUGGACGUGUCGGCGGCUGGACACCGGGUGUACGGGGCCGAGGGGGUGUACUCUAACGGACGGUACAGGGAGCACAGCAGCCCGCGGAUCGGUACCCGGAACCGCGACAGCUCUGCAGAGAGGUGCACCGGCACCGGGCAUCCACCUUGCGGUAUUAUGAAGGAUGGUUCAAAACAGAGGCAGGCCAGGAAGAAGACCGUCUCAUUCAGCUCCAUGCCAAGUGACCGCAAGAUGAACAGCACAGCUGCCUGCAUGGCCUUCAUGAUGGAAGGCUGUGAGAUGAAGAAAGUUCGCUCCAAUUCUCGCAUGUACAAUCGUUACUUCCUGUUGGAUCCUGACAUGCGCUGGCUCCGCUGGGAACCGUCAAAGAAAGACUCAGAGAAGGCCAAGCUUGAGAUCAAGAGCAUUAAAGAAGUUCGAUUGGGAAAGAAAACACCCGUCCUACGCAGCAACGGCCUCUCAGAUCAGUUCCCGGAUGAGUGUGCAUUUUCAAUUAUAUACGGAGACAACUAUGAGUCCCUGGAUCUGGUCGCCAGCACGGCAGACGUGGUGAGUACCUGGGUGAUGGGACUGCGGUACCUGGUCUCCUAUGGGCGGCACAUGGUGGGCGUAGUCGAACCCAGUCAACCCAGUGUAAGAACGUCCUGGAUUGGGUCCGUGUUUGAGUUAGCUGAUCCAGAAAGGCAAGGACACAUUGACCUAUUCCGGGCCACCCAAAUCAUCAAGGGUCUCAAUCCUGGCAUGAGGGAGUCUCGUAUUGAACUGAAGUUCAAAGAGCUACAGAAGGCCAAGGACUGCUAUGGCGAAGGCAUUGAUUUAGACACAUUUGUAGAGGCCUACUGUGAAUUGUGCACGCGUCCUGAGAUCUUUUUCUUGUUGGUGCAGUUCUCCAGCAACAAAGAGUACCUGGACUCCAAGGACUUGAUGCUCUUUGUGGAGGUGGAGCAGGGAGUCGAGGGAGUCUCAGAGGAAAUGUGUCGGGAGAUUGUGCACAAGUACGAACCCUCCGCUGAAGGACGCAACAGUGGCUACUUGUCCAUAGAUGGCUUCACACACUACCUCCUGUCAUCCGAGUGCCACAUUUUUGACCCGCAGCACAAGCAUGUUUGUCAGGAUAUGACGCAGCCCCUUUCACACUACUACAUCAACUCUUCCCACAACGCCUCGCUUUUGGAAGAUCACUAUUGGGGCUCAUCAGACCUCAGCAGCUACGUUCGGGCUCUACGCAUGGGUUGUCGAAGCCUGGAGGUUGUAGUCUGGGAUGGCGCUGAUUGUGAGCCCGUGGUCUAUGUCGGUAGCUCUGUUGCCUCCCAGCUAGCCUUCUGUAAAGUUCUAGAUGUCAUUAACCAGUAUGCCUUUGAGAGUUCAGAGUAUCCACUAAUCCUCUGUCUUGUCACGCACUGCAGUGUUCCCCAGCAGAGAGUCGUGGCUCAACACCUCAAGAAGAUCCUUGGGGACAAAUUGCAUGUUGAGCCUCCCAAUAUGGAGGAUCACUACUUGCCCUCCCCUGAAAAACUCAAGGGAAAGAUACUCAUCAAAGGGAAGAGCCUGCCUUCAGAUUCGCAAGACUCUGAGGGGGAGGUCACGGAUGAAGAAGAAGGCUUUGAGAUGUCUAGGAGAAUGAUGGGUGGAGACGAUAAGGAACAGCUCAAUGGGAUUGGCUGCAAACGGUUACGAAUCUGCAAAGAACUUUCUGAACUAGUCACCCUCUGCAAGUCUGUUCAGUUUCGUGACUUUGAGACAUCGAAACGGGAACAAAAGCAUUGGGAGAUUUGCUCCUUUAACGAGGUUGAUGCCAACCGCUUUGCCAAUGAGUUUCCCGAGGACUUUGUCUCCUACAAUAAGCGGUUCCUGUCACGGGUGUACCCUACGCCUAUGCGCAUUGAUGCUAGCAACAUGAACCCACAGGAUUUCUGGAAGUGCGGUUGUCAAAUCGUGGCCAUGAAUUAUCAGACUCCAGGUUUGAUGAUGGAUUUAAACCUUGGUUGGUUUAGGCAAAACGGCAACUGUGGCUACGUCCUGCGUCCAGCCAUAAUGCGCGAGGAGGUGUCGUAUUUCAGUGCCAAUGCUCGUGACUCACUUCCUGGAGUCUCAGCCCAACUUCUCCACAUCAAGGUGAUCAGCGGUCAAAACCUACCAAAGCCUCGAGGCUCAGCUGCUAAGGGCGACGUGGUAGAGCCGUACAUCUAUGUGGAGAUCCACGGAAUUCCUGCUGACUGCGCAGAACAACGCACAAAAACUGUCUCUCAAAAUGGUGACAAUCCAAUUUUUGAUGAAACCUUUGAGUUCCAGAUCAACCUUCCUGAAUUGGCUGCUUUGCGCUUUGUUGUCCUCGAUGAUGACUACAUUGGCGAUGAAUUUAUUGGCCAGUACACCAUUCCUUUUGAGUGUCUGCUUCCUGGUUACCGGCAUGUACCACUGCAGUCACUCACAGGGGAGUUUUUGCCUAACACCACGCUGUUCGUUCACGUUGCCAUUACAAAUCGGCGAGGUGGGGGCAAGGCCCAUAAGAGGGGUCUUUCUGUGAGAAAGGGUCGCAAAGCAAGGGAAUACACCUCCACUAAGACCACAGGGAUCAAAGUGGUGGAUGAGCUCUUCAGGGCAUCAACCCAGCCACUUCGGGAAGCAACAGAUCUACGGGAAAAUGUGCAGAAUGCAAUGGUGUCGUUCAAGGAGCUCUGUGGCUUGACUCCGGCAGCUAAUAUGAAACAGUGUAUCCUGACUGUGUCCUCCUGGCUGAUGAACAGCGAGCGAGUGCUGCGGGUAACGGUAGAUCUGAGCGAGGCCUACCCCACCAUGGAAGCCCAUGGCCCCAUUCCAGAGCUGCUGCGUAAAGUGCUCACCGCGUAUGACACGAUGAUCCAGACGAGUCGCACACUGAUCGAGUCAGCCGAUGGCGUGUACUCUAAACUUACGCAAGCACAGCGAGCAGGAUUGGACUUUCAUGAGGAUCUGCAUCGGAUCGGCGCAAGAGAAGGACUGAAAGGGAGGAAGUUACAGAAGGCCAUGGAGAGUUAUGCUUGGAACAUCACUGUGCUGAAGGGCCAGGCAGACUUGUUGAAGCAUGCGAAAGGAGAAGCAGUAGACACUUUGAGACAGAUUCACUGUGCAGCUCACUCGUGCGGCUUGGCCAAGAAUGGAGCCUCCACAUCCCCUGCCUCGCCUCUACUGCCACCGCACGCACGGCCCCUGCACACCAUCCACGAGACUGAGCCAGACAACUCCACCCUGCACUGAGACAGAGAGAGAGGAAGAUUUUAUUUUUAUUUCCAGUUUAUCCACAUUGUGAGGAAGGUGGUCUUUGCCUCUUUAGACCAGGGAAAGCAAGCUGUAAAGAAAAGAGUCAGGUAGGUUCAGUCAAUAAAGAACACACAGGAAACAGUUUAACUUUGAUCAGUGCACUUUACUCUCUUCUCGGCUCCUCCAUGCCCACCGGGCUCGGGUCUUAAAUUGGUAUCCCCACCGUGGAGUCGUGUUUUAAAGGAUUACAGUGACCUGCUCUCCUAUGACACAGCUGCUGUUGAAAAUUAGCUGUGAUCACUUACUCUAACCAGGACUCCAGUUAAAAGCCUCAAUCGUAUUCAGUCAUUUAAAGAGAUAAAUCACCCAAAAAUGAAAAUUCUGUCACUGUUUACUCACCCCAGAGUUGUUCCAAACCUGUAUGAAUUUUUCCGUUAAACACAAAAGAAGGUAUUUUUUAAAUAUUAAGUUGAAGUCAAAAGUUUACAUACACCUUGCAGAAUCUGUAAAAUGUUAUUUUAGCAAAAUAAGAGGGAUCAUACAAAAUGCAUGUUAUUUUUUAUUUAGUACUGACCUGAAUAAGAUAUUUCACAUAAAGGAUAUUUACAUAUAGUCCGAUGCAUUAAGAGCUGAGGGGGUGAAAACUUUUGGAAUUUGAAGAUCAGGAUAAGUUUAACUUAUUUUGUCUUCUAGGAAACAUGAAAGUAUCUUCUGUAGCCUCUGAAGGGCAGGACUAAAUGAAAAAAAUAUAUGAUAUUUAGGCAAAAUAAGAAAAAUGUAGCCUACACAUCCUCAUUCCAUUCAAAAGUUUACACCCCUGGCUCCUUCUGGAGCAUCAGUGAGCAUUUGAAUCUUCUGUAAUAGUUGCAUAUGGAUCUCAAAAUCAUACAGUCAUUGUUGGAAAGGGUUCAAAUACACAAAAAUCCUGAAAAACCAAAGAAUCUGUGAGACCUGAAGGAUUUUUCUGAAGAACAGCGGCCAGUUCAACUGUUCAGGACAAACAAGGGACUCAUGAACAACUAUCACUGAACAAAAAAAAAAACAAAA